AUGAGGAAUCUGAUGUCUGUCAACAUCAGCCUCCUCUGUGCUGUGAGCUGUGUGAUGUCAUCAGUGAUCCCAAAGAGAGGGAAAGAAGGAGGAAAAUAUAGCAUUCAGUGUCCUUAUGACCGGGGGUUUGAGACAAACCAGAAGUACCUCUCUAAAGGGAUCUGGGCCUACCGGGUUGACGUGAUCAAAACCCAGAAACAUCAGCACCCAGCCUUGUCUCAUGAAGGGAGAUUCUCUCUGUUUGACAACACAGAGAGAAGAGUCUUCACUGUGACCAUCACUAACCUGAUCCUAGAGGAUUCAGGGACCUACUGGUGUGAAAUCAACACAUGGUGGUGGUAUAACAAGACUGAAGUCAGGAUCACUGUGGACGGAGCUCCUGUUCCUCCCAACCCUGGCUCCGUCACCUCCAGACCUCUCCUCUCCACGACACACCCAUCAACAAACAUCACCAUGACAACUGACUCCUCAAACUCCACAGCAGGUAUAUUACUUCUAGGUGAUGUGAUGUUCUCUGGUGUUGGUCUGGGUGUUGUUCUACUACUGCUGGGUCUGCUGCUGUUCAUGUUCUUUAGACAGAGGAGAGACAGAGACAGGAGACCAACAGCAUCUAAACACUCUGCCAGACUGUUGGUGUCUGACUCCAUGACAACCAACCAGGAUCCAGACACAGGAACCAUCACCAACCCCAUCUAUGCCACAGGAACCAAUCAUAACCCAGAUACAGCCUGUGAUACCACCACCAUCUAUGCCAAGGCAACCAAUCCUUGUCCAGAGGACAUCUACUCCAACGUUGGAGGUGGAGAGGCUCCAGACAGUGUGACGUAUGCUACUGUCAACUUCCCCAGAGAUCCAGCCUGACUCCACUGUGCUACUGUCAACUUCCCCAGAGAUCCAGCCUGUCUCCACUAUGCUACUGUCAACUUCCCC